AGGCUGUGCUGCUCACUAUCUGUUUGGCAGUUGGACAAGUUAUUACUUAUCCUCUCGGGGCUUAGUUUCCUCCCGGGUAAAACGAGAGAGGUGGAUUGGAUUGGCUGAGUUUUAAACUCCCUUUCAGUUCUGAAUCCUAGGAAGUGUUUAUGCCUAUGUAUGGGGGGGAUAGAAGAGAAAGAAUGACGGGAAAGGCCAUGACCAGGAGGAUCUCGGUAAUCAGAACGAAAGCAGGCCAUUCUUUUCUGGCAAAACCACAGCAGGAGUGGGAGCGGAGAAGGCGGGCAACUGAGUGGGGCGGGCCCUAGGCGGUGCUGUCUGCUCACUUCCGGGAGGCGGCCUCCUUAGCUACAGAGCCGGACGAACUUCUCUGCUUGGCCUUGUUGCUGCCGCCGGCGUUUUUCCUUUGCAGCCUAGCACUGCUUGGAUCCCCUUAGCCGCCCUCCACCGUACGCGAUGCACCGGAGGGGCUGCUGAGUUAGGCGGGCCCACGCACGGGCUGGCAGAAGAGACGUGUCCAGUUCCUACUGGAUUUAAGCUGGGGAUUCGGCGCGCAGGCUGGCUGAAGGAGAUGGGGUCGGCCGGGCGCGUUCUUCUGCGGGCGGUAAUCAUGGGGCCCCCAGGCUCUGGCAAGGGAACCGUGUCAUCCCGCAUCAUCAAACAUUUCAACUUGAAGCAUCUCUCCAGCGGGGACCUUCUCCGGGACAACAUGAAUAAGGGAACAGAAAUUGGUGUGCUUGCCAAGACCUUCAUUGAUCAGGGGAAACUCAUACCAGAUGAUGUCAUGACUCGGCUGGCCCUGCAUGAACUGAAAAAUCUAGCUCAGUAUAGUUGGUUAUUGGAUGGUUUCCCCAGGACUGUCCCACAAGCUGAAGCUCUGGACAAAGUCCACCAGAUAGAUACAGUGAUUGAUCUGAAUGUACCCUUUGAGAUUAUUAAGCAACGUCUUACCUCUCGCUGGAUUCAUCCAAGUUCUGGUCGAGUUUACAACACAGAAUUCAACCCUCCCAAAAAAAUUGGCAUUGAUGAUAUUACUGGAGAGCCUCUUAUACAGCGUGAAGAUGAUAAGCCAGAAACCGUUACCAAGAGACUAAAGGCUUAUGAAGCCGAAACAAAACCUGUUCUGGCGUAUUACCGGAACAAAGGUGUGUUGGAAACUUUUUCUGGAACAGAAACCAAUAAGAUCUGGCCCCAAAUAUAUGCUUUCCUCCAAACAAAACUGCCAGAUGUAAGCGAGAAAGAAACAUUGACACCCUGAAGAGUAAUAUAUCAUCAGAAGAGGAGCAGGAAACUAGUUUGCAUUGUCAAGGAGCUUCUGAAUGAUGGUUUCCUGAUACAUAUGAAUUCUCCUAAGAUCAUGAUCUACUCUCAUUUUUGCUAUUUUUCCUGGACUAAGCAAUGGUUUGAACAUGUUACUUUCUUAAAUUCUUAUUUUAGUGACCUGGUUUUCAUCUCCUGGUGGUUUAUGUAGUUUUUUUAAAAAAUCCUAUUUAUGGAUCUAAUCAUGCUUCAUUUUGUAAAAUGGCAAAGACAAAAGGAUAACUACUCAUUUAAAAAAUAAUACAAUGUACUUUUUAGUAAGUGAGUAGCUUUUAGCAUUUCUCUCUUUUUCAGAAAAAGAAUCAAUGUUUACAUAGCACUAACUGAGGUAAAAUGCAUUCUUCAGAGGCAUUCUCUUCCCCUUUACCCUUUUAGAUUAAAGCCAUGACAAAAGGCCUUCUUCUGACUUUCACUCAGAAGUUUCUAGU